GCGCGCGCCUAUAAAGCGCCCGGUCGCGUGCAAACAGGAGUGCGGCUCGCGCUGCCGCUGGACAACAUCAGGAUGGCGACAGAAAAAAUGGACAAAAACAAAACGGUCGCGCUGAGGAAGAAAUACAUCGGGCCGUCUUGUCAGAUUUUCUUCCCCUAUAACCCUAUCAAGAUUGUACAAGCCAAAGGCCAGUACAUGUAUGAUGAAAAAGGAGCACGCUACUUGGAUUGCAUCAACAAUGUGGCUCACGUGGGACACUGUCACCCAGAUGUGGUGAAGGCAGGAGCUGAGCAGAUGGAACUACUCAACACAAACUCACGUUUCUUGCAUGACAACCUUGUACUGUAUGCGCAGAGACUCCAGGCCUCCCUGCCCGAUGAACUGUCCGUGUGCUACUUUGUCAACUCUGGAUCGGAAGCCAACGACCUGGCCCUGCAACUCGCCAGGCACUGCACGGGCCACAGAGACAUCAUCAUGCUCCAGAAUGCAUACCACGGGCACCUCUCCUCGCUUAUUGACAUCAGUCCCUACAGGUACCACCAGCUGUCAGACUACGAGCGGAACCACUUUGUUCACGUCGCUCCGAGCCCAGAUGUGUACAGAGGAAAGUACAGAAAAGACCACCCUGAUCCUGCAACGGCAUAUGCAGACGAAGUCAAGGACAUCAUAGACAAAGUCCAAGAGAAAGGGGGAAAGAUUGCUGCUUUUAUUGCUGAAUCAUUGCAGAGCUGUGCCGGACAGGUCAUUCCCCCGAAGGGUUACUUUCAGCAAGUAGCACGACAUGUCCGUCAGGCAGGAGGUGUUUUCAUUGUGGAUGAGGUCCAGGUGGGCUUUGGGCGCGUUGGCACCCACUUCUGGGCCUUCCAGCUCCAGGGCGAUGACUUUGUGCCUGACAUUGUCACCAUGGGAAAGCCCAUGGGUAACGGUCACCCCAUGGCAUGCGUGGUCACGACCCAAAAGGUGGCGGAGGCCUUCAUGCGUUCAGGAAUGGACUACUUCAGCACAUUUGGUGGAAACCCGGUGUCCUGUGCCAUCGGCCUGGCUGUGCUGGACGUCAUCGAGAAAGAGGAUCUUCAGGGGAAUGCAGUGCGUGUGGGGCAACACCUGAUCAACCUGCUGGAACGGCAGAAAGAGAAGCAUCCGUUAAUCGGAGAUGUCCGGGGGUGUGGCCUGUUUGUAGGGGUGGAACUAGUGCGAGACAGGUUGAAGCUCACUCCAGCUACAGCCGAGGCCCAAGAAGUCAUAUAUAAGCUAAAGGAAGAGGACAUCCUUCUUAGUGCUGACGGACCUCAUCGUAACGUUCUUAAAUUCAAGCCGCCGUUGUGCUUCACUGCGGACGACGCCGACAAGGUGGUGGAGAAAAUCGACACCAUUCUCACAGAACUUGAGGAAGUCCUGGACUUGGAAUUUCCUGGAAAAGAAAGCAGCAAACGAAAGCUGCCCGCUGAGGAAAAUGGAUUUGAGAUUCCCGAAGGAAUAGCACACAGCAGAGGCAGCGCUCCCAUUCCACAACAGAGCAAACGGCAGAAGACAUAACGUGCUCGCGUCAGGACUGUUGAUUUGUCACUGAGCUUAGCCGCGGGAAAUUAAGCAUUUUUCGGCAUAGAGCACUGGACACAGAAAGCACACAGUUUUUAAACAAGUCUGCACAACACACCACGACUAUCUGUAAAUCUCCACAACACUGCGCUGCUAAUGUACACCAAGCCUCUGCAAUUCUACACGCCAACGCAACAAAUCCUUUUAUCAGUACAUACCUGGAUUGAUAGAUUUUAUUCAUCCCGCUGGACUUUUGGCAGUGAAGCUUCAAAACCACAGAAGAAGAAGAAGAAGAGGCAAACCAAGCUUCCACGUUCAUAGGACAUGUUCUCCGUUCACUCCUCUUGGACGGAUUGCGCAAGUGACCACCAGAUGCAGCUCUGCUCUGCUCUGCUUUGCUUUUCACCUCCUCCAGUUUGCUCAAGAUUGUGGCAAAUUAAAUAGGUCCAUUAACUCCUGCUCACGGACCGAUCACCAGCAAGAGGACAUUUGCAGUCCAGUUUAACUCCUAAUCAAACUGAUGCGUGUGCGUGUGACUGCAUGAUCCACACAGCCCACAUCGUCUGUGCAUGCUUACAACGGGUGAUCGAACUGGCGGAUGUGUGCGUGCUCAGAACAGGACCUGCGUGCCAGUGUGUGGAGAAAUAAUCCGCGCCCAUAGCACCUGUGUGUGCUUUAAACAGCUGAUCAAAUUGGCUGAAAGAGCCAUUGCAGGUGCAUGAGCUGAUCUACAGUAGGGAUGCAUUUCUGCACUUCAGUCAUCUGAUAAUCAGAACACAUGGUUACAUUCUUUCAAUUCUUAAAGUGGAUUUCAAAAGAAAUCCAGAAACAGAAGCAGCAGGUCCUGAAAAAAGAACACAGACAGUGCACUUUCUGCUUUUUUUCAGAACCAGAGACAGCGCUCUGUCUCUCUCUCUCUCUUGCAUGCUGAAACAAGAAGCGAUGUUUAAGUAUGUGAGUUUGAAUGGCGAUCUUUUCUUUUUUGGGGGGCGGGGGACACAGCAGACUCUGAACAUUGUGAUCUGAUGUUACAAGCCCUGAUGAGACAGCAAUGUGUCCCGCUGUACAUCGGAGAACGCGAGUGCUGUUUGCUUUUCAUGAACUGUUUAGAGAACGGAGCGCACUUCCACAGAGGCAGAAAAUAGCGGCGAUGGCUACAUACGUACGUGGCAGUAAAGCAACUAGUAAUGCAAACUCACAAACCAGACAACACAGGGACUAUGCCAAAUGUGCGCAAUUUCCCAGCGCGCUCCAUACGCAUCACAACGUAACUGUAUGCAAGCCCAGUGUGAAAGGGGCUUAAGGGACAUAAAGUUAGGUGAAAUGACGUUAAAUGUUUCUGAUCACUUUCACAAUUUGUUAAAAUGUGUGAUCUCAUCAUCUCAGUGCUGUAAUAAAAAACAAACAACCUCACCAAUUACUUGAUGACCAAAAUGCACAUAGUGCCAUAAAAAAGCUAUGUAGAUAUAUAUAUAUUUUCAAAAGAUAUUCCAUUUCUUUUCAGUUAUUUUUGUAGGUUGUUUUUUUUUUUCUUCUCAGUAUAAUCAAAUCUGAAGCUAAACGUAAACUCCAUCUGAAACUAACAGCUGAUUUGGUUCCAUUCUGGGUGGGUAAAGCGGUGCUUAAAGAGGAUUGAGAACUACGGUUUUCAUCAAAUGUGCUGUUUUUUUUUUAAAUAUGUUUGUGCUUUGUGCAGCAUUUGAGGCGUAAACUGUGUUGACGGACCAUCUGUGGUUUAUCGACUCAGUUACAGAUCGACAGACUGUUUGGGUUUGAUAUACUUGAGGUGAAACAUCAGGCACAUUUCUAUGUGACAAAAUACCAGAUGUGAGGUACUUUUAUAUUUAGACAUCAAUAUGUGGAUAUUGACAGCUGGGUAUUUUUCAAUUAUUUUUCAAGCAUAUUUGAGUUGAAAGCAAAUAACAAAUUUACAUAAACAGCUUUGACAGUUUCACGCUGUC